AUGGCACAGUGCCAAGAGUACAUGUCAGCCCCGCUUGAAGGCCCUGGCAGUCCUUGUCAAUGCUGUUUGGAUGCUCGCCUGGUCAUGGCCAUGCCUUGCUUUUCUGUAAAUGGGAUGACUGCGAGAGGGAGGGAGGUGGCCUGUGUUUUUGACUUUUGUGUCCGAGGCUGUAUAGCUGCACACGUUGGGGAAAAAGGAACAAUUGUGCUUGACACUGACAACCCCGACUCUGUACAACAACAUCCCACCCUUUGUAGCAUUGAAGAAUAUUGCUUGGGUUUAAGCGCUACUAGGGGCUCCUGGCAUCGCUACUAG